AUGAAGAUAUUAACUGGAACUACGUAUUUAAUAAAUGAACCGCGUUCAAUGCAUCUAGCUGGACAAAUAAUCAUUCAUCCUAAAUUUACAGGAAUGACAGAAGAGACACGAUAUUCUUAUGAUAUCGCAGUUGUGGUGGUUGAAGGGGUCAUUAAAUUAAACGAUUUGCAAAAUAUAGUAAAACUACCAUCUAAAAACAUUCGUCAUGGUGAUAUAGGCAUGCUCGCUGGUUGGGGAUAUACAAUUUAUCCUUCGAGUACUUCUUCAAAUAGACUUCAAAAAGUAGAAAUGAAUGUCUACGACACUUAUCAAUGCAGAAUACUUGUACCGUUUAAUUUAAAGAUUGAUCAAUUUUGUGGAUAUAAACGAAUGGGAAUUGGUGCAUGUAUCGGUGAUAGUGGAGGUCCAUUGGUCGUUGACAACGUAGUCAUUGGCAUAUCUUCACUAACUAUUCCAUGUGCCCAGGGUGUACCUGAUGUAUAUACUAAUGUUAAAUAUCAUACUGAUUUCAUCACUGCUGCAUUACAAAUAUAACGUAUAAUAUAUAUUCAUUAUAGUUAUAAAAUUAUAGUUAAUUAUAGUUAU